AUGUCCGGAGCAGGAAACAGAGAACAGGUGUUCCCCACCAGAAUGACCUUGGGUGUCAUGAAGGGAAAGUUGAAAGGCGCCCAGCAGGGCCACUCGUUGUUGAAGAGAAAGUCGGAGGCGUUGACCAAACGGUUCAGAGACAUCACCCAGCGUAUCGACGAGUCCAAGAGAAAGAUGGGACGUGUGAUGCAGACUGCUGCGUUCUCGUUGGCUGAGGUCCAGUACGCCACUGGUGACAACAUCGGCUACCAGGUCCAGGAGCUGGUCCAGAAGGCUCGUUUCCAGGUCAAGGCCAAGCAGGAAAACGUGUCGGGAGUCUACUUGCCCACGUUCGACUCUCAUGUCAACGAGGAGAUUAAUGACUUCAAGUUGACUGGGUUAGGUCGUGGUGGUCAACAGGUCCAGAAGGCCAAGACGGUGUACACCAAGGCUGUUGAGACAUUGGUAGAGUUGGCAUCGUUGCAGACCGCGUUCAUCAUCUUGGACGAGGUCAUCAAGGUCACCAACAGAAGAGUCAACGCCAUUGAGCACGUUAUCAUCCCUAGAACCGAAAACACCAUUGGUUACAUUAACUCUGAGUUGGACGAAUUGGACAGAGAAGAGUUCUACCGGUUGAAGAAGGUCCAGGAAAAGAAGCAGGAGGCUGCAGCCGAAGCCGAUGCUGAGGAAUUGCAGAAGAAGCUUGCCCAGGCUCAGCAGGAAUUGCAGGACGGAGACGCUGCCGCUGCUAAAGUGUUGGACGCUCAAGCAGAGACUGUCGAAGAGACUGUCGAGGAACCUGCCCAAAAAGAGCCCAAGUCGGCCUUGGACCAGGACGACGAGUCCGGCGACGUUCUCCAGGAAAACGAGGACGACGUCAUUUUCUAG